CGUGCCGGGCCCGGGAUCGGGAUGGAGCCGGGGCUGGAGCGCUGGGCGCACGGCGCGCUGUGGGCGGCGCUGGCCGGCAGCCUGGCGCUGCGGGCGGCGCGGCGGGCGCCGGGGCCGGGCCGGGGGCUGGGGCCGCCGCUGGGCCGGGGGCUGGUGCUGCCGCUGGCGCUGCUGGCCGCGCUGCAGAGCCUGUGCCGCGCCUGGCUGCCGCUGCCCCUGGGGCUGGCCCUGGCCGCCGCCGCCGCCGGGCUGCUGCUGUGGCGGGCGGCGCCCCGCGGGCUGCUGCCGGUGGCGGGCAGAGCCGUCCUUGUCACAGGAUGUGACUCGGGCUUUGGGCAGGCAACAGCCCGGCACUUGGACAUCAUGGGCUUUCGGGUGUUUGCCAGCGUGCUAGACCUGCAGAGUCCCGGUGCCCAGGAGCUGCGCCGGAGCUGCUCGCCGAGGCUGACGCUGCUGCAGAUGGACCUGACCAAGACAGACGACAUCCAGCGGGUCCUGCAGCACAUCCAGGCCCACACCAACAGCACAGGACUCUGGGGCCUGGUGAACAACGCCGGCUUCAAUGACACCAUCGCUGAUGCUGAGCUCUCGCCACUGGGCAAGUUCCGCACCUGCAUGGAGGUGAACUUCUUUGGCUCCCUGGAGCUCACCAAGGGGCUGCUGCCCCUGCUCCGCUCCGCUGGCGGCCGCAUCGUCACUGUGAGCAGCCCUGCAGGUGACAUGCCCUUCCCCUGCCUGGCAGCCUACGGGGCCUCGAAGGCAGCCCUCAGCCUGCUCAUGGACACCUUCCGCAGCGAGCUCCAGCCCUGGGGCAUCAAAGUCAGCCUCAUCCUGCCCGGCUACUACAAAACAGGGACGACGUGUGACCCUGCCUUCUGGAACCUGCAGAAGCAGCAGCUGUUGGCCAGUCUGCCCCAGGAGCUGCUGCAGGCCUAUGGCGAGGACUAUGUGGAGGAGAUCAACCAGCAGUUCAUCCAGUUCAUGAAGGUGGCAGUGGAGGACCUCAGUGCAGUGGUGAACAGCAUCACAGAUGGGCUUCUGGCUGCCAAUCCAGCCGUGCGCUACUACCCAGGGCAGGGCCUUGGGAUCAUGUAUUUCAUACACCGCUACCUGCCCUAUUUUGUCCGAGACUUGUUCUUGAAAGGAUUCUUCAUCAACCCCAAGCUGCCCCGAGCGCUGCAGCGAGAGCACCACAACGACACGAAGAAGGCCUGACCUCAGCCUGCACAGGGCCUUCUCCCAGGAUUUCCAGGCACACCAGCCCCUGAGCGCGUGCACAGCCAAAGGCACCGCCCUCCUGCACCGUGGGGGAACAAUCAGCACUAGACGUUAAAAACCAAAUUUCUUUCCAAAAUCAGGUAGAUCUAUUUUCUAUUGUGCAAGAAUCAACAUUUUUCUAGAGACCUUGGUUUUGUAUUUUUUCUAAGAGGCCCAUCCCUGCCUGACUCAGCAGCUCUGCACCACAGGCUGGGAUGUACCUCCUCAGCUACCCACCACCUUCCUUACUGCUCUCAGAGCUGUUUGUCUUCGUCCCCUCUUGGCUGGGUCAGGGCUGGGACCCUGUGGCCGCUGCCUCCCUGCCAUUCAUUACACACUCCACGUGCUCCUGACGAGUGCAGGGGCCAAGAUCAGGCUGCCAGUGCCGCAGAGCUCUUCAUGAGAUGAACUAUGUGAUUGUCACUUUUUAAAUAAAUCCAUUCUUGAUAUUCCA